GAUAUUCUCCCAUCUGUCGGUGAUAAAACUACUACUUGAAAAAGUCGAAGACAAAUCCGUAAUUAAACCCAAAACCCAUAGGCAGAAAUCAUCGAAACUCACCCCUCGACAGUGUAAUUAUUGCAAUCUAUCAUUUUCCCGCGGCUUCCCUUUUGUCUUUUUGUACCCCCCCCCUCUCUCCACCAGAAAAGAACACGCUCUGCUACUGUUAAUAGAUCGAUUUCACGAGACGAGACAGAAAUAAUGAGAUGAAGUUUUACAUUUCCACCACCGGGAUCAAGAGAGUCACCAUCAGCACCACCAACUCUUCUGCCAAGGGAUCCACGGUGGCAACUCGUCGGAUUACUCGCCGGACGUUUUUGCCGGUGGUGCUGUUGCUUUCGAUUGUUUUGCCCUUUCUUUUUGUUAGAAUUGCGUUUUUGGUUCUUGAAUCUGCCUCUGCCUGUAAUUCUGCUCUCGACUGCAUAGGAUGGGGGCUACUCGGCGGGAGCGAAGCAUCUUUGCUAAGGGAAGAACUGGCAAGAGCUUUAAUGGAGGCAAAGGAGGGCCAUGGCACUAAUGAUGGUGAUUAUAGAAGAGAGGGCUCAACAGAAUCAUUCAAUGUGCUUGUCAACGAAAUGACUUCGAACCAGCAAGACAUAAAGACCUUUGCUUUCAGGACCAAGGCCAUGCUAUCAAUGAUGGAGCUCAAGGUUCAGUCUGCCAGAGAGCAAGAAUCAAUAAACUGGCAUUUAGCUUCACAUGGUGUUCCAAAGAGCUUGCAUUGCCUUUGCCUUAAACUAGCUGAAGAAUAUGCUGUAAAUGCCAUGGCCCGAUCUCAUUUACCUCCCCCUGAAUAUGUUUAUCGCCUCACUGAUCCAUCCUUCCACCAUGUUGUUCUUCUAACUGAUAAUGUUCUUGCUGCCUCCGUUGUCAUCUCUUCCACAGUCCAACACUCAGCCAAACCUGAAAAGUUGGUUUUCCAUAUAGUCACUGACAAAAAAACUUACAUUCCGAUGAAUGCAUGGUUUGCAAUCAAUCCUAUUAAAUCAGCAGCUGUGGAAGUUAAGGGGUUGCACCAAUAUGAUUGGUCUCAUGAGGUGAAUGUCCAUGUCAAAGAGAUGUUAGAGAUUCAUCGCUUAAUUUGGAGCCAUUACAAUGACAAUUUGAGAAAUGCCAACUUUCAACAUGAGGGAGUAAACAGAAGAAGUUUGGAGGCUUUAACCCCUAGCUGCCUCUCCCUUUUGAAUCAUCUCAGAAUUUAUAUCCCUGAGCUGUUUCCAGAUCUCAACAAGAUAGUAUUCUUAGACGAAGAUGUUGUGGUACAACAUGACAUGUCAUCUUUGUGGGAAUUGGAUCUCAACAAGAAAGUUGUUGGCGCAGUUGUUGAUUCAUGGUGUGGAGACAACUGCUGCCCAGGAAAAAAAUACAAGGAUUACUUGAACUUUUCUUACCCAAUAAUAUCAUCCAAUUUUGACCAUGAUCGUUGUGUUUGGCUCUAUGGUGUGAAUGUCUUUGAUCUUGAAGCUUGGAGGAGGGUCAAAAUCACUACAAAUUAUCAUAAAUGGUUGAAACAUAACCUCAAUUUUGGGAUGGAAUUAUGGCAACCAGGAGUGCAUCCACCAGCCUUGCUUGCUUUCGAGGGUCAGGUACAUCCAAUUGAUCCUUCAUGGCAUGUCGGUGGACUAGGUUAUAGACCCCCACAAGCUCACAAUAUCAAGAUGUUGGGUGAUGCCGCGGUUUUACAUUUUAGUGGCCCGGCAAAGCCAUGGCUUGAUAUUGGGUUCCCUGAGCUACGAAGUUUAUGGAAUAGACAUGUAAAUUUUUCAGACAAGUUUAUUAGGAAAUGCAGAAUUCUGGGAUGAAGAGGGAAAUUGCGCAAGUUCUCGCAUAUAUUCCAUUUGAAGACACCCUAUGGCACUGUGUGAGACCAGAGGGAAGAAGGUUUUGCCUUCAGUCUCUGCUCACACUGGCCUCUCUACAGUAUGAUACAGGUUAUUUCUUGUGCACUACACGAAUUUGCUGAAGAUACCACGCUGUACCCUGUACUAUCUCUUACCUGCGAGAGACAUAAUGGUUGGUGGGAGUAGGUUUUAUCAAUAUUGUAUAUUUAUUUUAGCCAACAAAUUACAAUUAGUAUUCCCAAUUGUUAAUACAUAUUCACGUCGUUAUUAUAAUUUUUGUACUAUCACCAUUUUAUUUUAUUAAUGCCAGUAUGGUUCCCAUGAA